GAACUCUUAUGGAUACCAUUAUACAAACCGCAUUCUUUUUGCACCAGGGAAAAAAAAAGGAGUGUGUAAACCGCACUCUUUCCUCCCCUCAAAUAACAAAAACCGCACUCUUUCUCUGAUAGACAACCGGCGCAGAUACGGCCACUAGAGAUAAGAAGACUGAGAGAAAAGACAUUAAACAAAUUCAAGGCAAAGUUUAUUCUCUUGGCGACACCAGAAACUUGGGUAUUCCAAAAUUUCGCAGAUAAAUUGUCGUUGCUGCCUAUUGGUGAAAGGGAGUGAGUUGUGGCAUGUAGGGCUGCUGCGGGUCACUGACCUGCGCUGCCGCACGGUGACCAGCGGACUUGGUCCUUCUUUCGCGGUUUCUACGUCUGGACUGCUAUUGCUUUGGGCUUGUGGUUGUGUCCAUUCUUUGGUGAUGCCAUUGGUGAUUCUCCAGCCAAGUUCGGCGAUGCCAGUAAUAGGAGGGACUUCAUCUCAUCAACAAGCAUACUGCAUGCAUUCAAGCUAUCUUAAUGGACGUGGCUUGGUUCGUUGUGAUAAUUUACCCAGUGUUUCGUACUUCAGAAAAUCAGAGUUUGUGAAGUCCAAUGUCUUAUCUGAUCUUGGCUUCGUUAACCAUUUGAAGGUUUGUGGCAAUCUAUGCAAAUUUCUAUUGAAAUAUAGAAGUGUGCUGCAAACUUCAAGCCAGAAUUCUCCUUUGGUCAUUAAGAAUGAUAUUCCCCAAAAUGCUGAUUUACCUAAAUAUUACUCAAAGAAGGAAAAGAAGCCUUUUCCAAUACCUAUAAUAGAGCUGAGGCGAGCAGCCAGAGAAAGAUUAAAGAAUAGCAGAGGCCAGCCUAGGAGGCCUGUGCCACCACCAAAGAAUGGAUUGCUGGUUAAGAGCCUAAUACCAGUUGCUUAUGAUGUCCUGAAUGCAAGGAUUCUAUUGAUAAACAAUCUGAGGAAGCUUAUGAAAGUUGUGAUUGUCCAUGCGUGCAAAUGCUGCAAUGAGAUCCAUGUUGGGCCUGUUGGGCACCCCUUCAAGUCUUGUAGGGGAGCAGGAGCAUCAAGUCGGCAUGGUCUUCACGACUGGGGAAGUGCUAUGGUGGAAGAUAUUUUGGUCCCCGUGGAUGCUUACCAUCUGUAUGACCGUCUCAGGAAGCGUAUUGCUCAUGAUGAAAGAUUUUCAAUACCACGUAUACCUGCUGUGGUAGAACUUUGCAUCCAAGCUGGAGUAAAUCUUCCAGAAUACCCUGCCAAAAGGCGAAGAAAGGCCAUUAUCCGUAUUGGAAAAAAUGAAUUUAUCGAUGCAGAUGAAAGUGAUCUGCCAGAUCCUGAAGCUCAAAGUCCCACAGUUCCAAUAUUAUCAGAAAUACCUGAAUCAGAAAUAGUACCCCCAUCUAGUGCAGAGGAAAUUGUCUUGCUUGCUGAAGAAACUCUCCUAGCAUGGGAAAGGAUGAGAAAAGGAGCCAAUAAGUUGAUGAAAAUGUAUCCAGUUAGAGUGUGUGGUUAUUGCCCUGAGGUGCACGUGGGCUCUUCAGGGCACAAGGCCCAAAACUGUGGAGCCCACAAGCACCAACAACGGAAUGGACAGCAUGGCUGGCAGAGGGCAGUUCUUGAUGACCUGAUUCCACCCAGAUAUGUGUGGCAUGUCUCUGACAUUAAUGGUCCUCCAAUGAAGCGAGAACUUCGAAGCUUUUAUGGUCAGGCACCUAUAGUGGUGGAAUUGUGUGCGCAAGCUGGGGCUGAAGUUCCGGACCAAUAUAAGCCAACUAUGAGAUUGGAUAUAGGAAUUCCAGCAAGUAUUGAGGAAGCUGAAAAGGUGGUUUGAAGUCGUAGCACUCUGCAGUCUGCACUGUUCAUGCUAGAUCUUCUUUCUCGGUAUUUUCCCUGCUUAUGGAAUUGCUCAAAACUAAGCAUCUUGAAUCUGUGCACUAUCCCUAUAAUUAUCUUACUGGAACUAAACAGAUUUAACUGCCUACCAAGUAAUUGUAUUUCAAGGGGGUGACUUAUUUAGUUAUUUAUACCACUGUAGUCUAACUCAAUGUAACUGUGUAAUGAACUCACAGAUGUCUUGUUUUGUACAUGGAGCCUUGUAAUUGCUGUACUUGAACAUACUGACAAAAAUUAGCAAAUCUUUCUAGAAUUAUGGAAUAUUCAUUUCCUGGGCUAUCAAUAACAGUUGGCCACCUUUUUUCUUGUACCAUUUAGGUUAUCAUUU